UCAAAAAUCUACAGGUUGGUGGGAGUCAGCUUUGGCCUGCUGUGCAUCCUACAGGCCGCUCUCAAUGUUUCGUUUCGACUACUAGCUGUUGGGUGUUCUAACAACGUCACGAUUGGCAAUUCCACCAUGAUGUCAGCUGGUGACAUGGGAGUCCUGAUUUUAGAGAGAGACCAACUGGUUCGAGAGAGAGACCAACUGGUUCGAGAGAGAGACCAACUGGUUCAAGAGAAACCUCAACUGGCAAAGGAAAAGAAAAAGCUUCAGGCAAGUAACAGCCGCCUGAUCGAAGACAAGAAGACGUUAAACCAGACGGUCAUCGAACAACAAAAUCAGAUAAAGGAACUUGAAAUGCAACAAAAUGCCUCAAGGUGUCCCCAAGGAUGGUGGACAUUCAUGUCCACCUGCUACCAGCUUUCCUCUAUGCCAAACACCUGGAAGAAUGCCAAACAAGACUGUGCAAGCAAAGGAUCUCAUUUGGUGAUUUUGAAUGACAAACUGGAAGAGAGAAUUGUCCUUAGUUUAGGAGGUACUGGCAGAAUGUGGAUGGGCUUGCAUGGUGUCAGAGUGGCAGCCUACUCGUGGGAUUGGACAUUGGUGGAUGGAAGCACACUGUUUUAUACUAACUGGAAUCGUUGGUACCCAGAGAUUGAGGGAUAUUCCGGUUGUGCAUAUGUUAAGCAAGCGGACACGUCGUCCGUGGAGACCUGGUUUGUGGGUACCUGUCGAGAACGAUACUAUUGGAUAUGUGAGAAGGAGCUGCACACAAGGUCUAUCAGACCUAAAUAAGACCCACACAACAAACACAUCUGCAAUCUCUCUCUCUCUCUCUCUCUAUCUCUCUCUCUCUCUCUCUAUCCAGCUGAUUUGAAUGUUAUCAGCCGAUUAAAUGGCUGUUAUUUGUUGUCAUCGUGAGCUUAGAUUUAAAGUGAUAUGGUCCCACUAUACCCCCAAAUUGUCUCAGUAAGCUGUUAUCAUCUAUUGGUACAGCCCGGUCGUACUAAAUGGCGUAUGAAUGACACUAAGUCGCCGUUCUUGCUUUUGGCGUGUCAUUUCUAAGCCAUGUAGUCUGUAUUGACUGCAAUGUAAACGCAUCCAUGUAUGCUACGCUCAGAGUUAGUUUACGUGAGUGACAUUUGUGACGUUAUUCUGUUAUAUUGUGUCCAUACGUAUUUUACUAUUACUUUAUUUUAAGCCCAACCAUGAGAUAUUUCCUAAACCUAAUUGGUUUUGUUGCCUAAACCUAACUGCAUCCGCUACCGCUGUUUUGUUGCCUGGCGUAAAUAUGACACACAAAAAGAGGCGUAUAAAUGCCACGCAAAAAGGCUAUAAUGUAUUGUCAUGACACACUCCUUGUAAUGUCCUGCUAUUUAUACGCCUCCCAUAAGAUUGGGUUGAUUGGUAAGCUGGAUCACCGCAGGGAGGUUCAAAAUUGUUUGUUGUCGACCGUCGUAGUAAUUAUGACAGGAGCAAAGGAGUAAGUCAGGUGACGUAUUAUAAAGAGCGACACAGUCUUGUUGGGAGGAGGCCAGAGUGGAUGGAUUAGUUAAACAAACAGGACUUUCAACCAGGAGACCGCUGUUUGUGUCCCUUGUGAAACCAAAAUUCAACACGUUGACUUAUUGAAUCAUUAUAAUGAUAGUUAUAACAACUGGUAACGGCCAUUUAAUGGGCUGAUAACAUUCAAAACACACAGGCACACAUAUAUACAGCAUAUAUACCUUUUAUUCAUUGUAAUUGUUGAUUUUAACGCACCCCUUCUGGACAUAAUUUUAUGAUUACUGUUUGUUUUUUACUGUGUUAAAAACAUUGAAAUCUUUUUUUCUAUUAAUAUCCCUAAUUCGAUCAUGUGUUAAUAUAAGGUUUUGAAGAAAACCGACGCAAGGAUGUUGACGUCAAAUUCAGGAGGCCAGAAAACAAUUUUGUUAAACCCUGUGUGACCUUGUAAAAGUAUGUGUAAUGAAUGUGUAGGGAAAUGAAAGAGCUGGUGGAAAAUAUGGAGGAGGCCGAGCGGACACAGAUGGCUGACAAAUUGGAAAGUACCUGAAUUAAAAUAGCAGGAUUGAUUAAUAAUUUGGCAAAACAUUGGUUUGUGACGUGGGAUGACCUGAGGGCGUGACCUAAACCAAUAGAAUUUACAAGAAAUGGGGAUGAUGUUUGAUUGUUACAUAGUUGAUCAGGCCAUCUGUAGCUCCACCCGGUCAGUCCUAAUGGAGGAUGUCCAUAUAGGGACAGUAAAAUAGGACAAAAGAACCCUAGAUUUUAGAGAAGGAGUUGCCAUUGAUUGCUGGGGGACAAUACUCCGAUGAGGCAAAGUCCACAUAUUUUUUUUUUGUAAUCUGUUCUAUGUAUUCUAUUUCUAUGACUGUGCUUGAUCUGUUCUAAUUAUUUGAAACAUUUGCUUGCUUUCUGUGUUAAUAAAGAAUAAG